GAUAAUUGAUCAUACACGAGUCAGUCCCGACGAGCGCGCAGCGGUGGACGGCCGCAUCUACUAACCGCAUUCUCCUCGCUGCGUUCCCGGUUACCUCCACGAUCAUUUUGUGAAGCGUCCCAACCUUGUGGAAGGAUUAGUUUUGUAAUAUAAUGCGUAUUGCGUUAUUCACUAAAUCACAGUGAUUGUCUUCUCUUACCACGUAUUCGGCGUUCUACACAUUUCAAUCAUUCAUGAAAUACCCGGCAGUUAUGUUAAAUAAACGUUCUCCGUACUCAUUUCAGUAGUCGUUUCGAAGUAAAGAAUGAAAGCUGCAAAACACAUUGACGAUGUUCAACCACCCACGGUGGAAGAACAUCUCAAACUGAUUUCGGAGGAUAAAUCCCCCACGGAAACUGAAUUUAUUGAGAUCACUCCGAAGGAUUUACCUGAGUGGUUCGACGAGAAACUGUAUAAAAAAGCACAGCAAUUUUACUUCAAUAACAUGCUGGCAUUUGCAGUUGCACAAACGUCUGGUUUAAUGGUUAUAUUAUCCGUCCCUGAUAUAAUAGAGGUGCUCGAGUACACGAAGAGGAGCGACACGGUGUGUCUAUCCUUCAAGCGGUACGCAGAAACGCUCCUGCUUAUAUACGAAUUUUUCAGAUGCGACAUACUAGACCCAAAUUCGUCUUGGUACAAAGCGAUGAACAUGAUCCGAUGGAGACACGUGACAACUAGUAGAAGACGCGUCAAACAAGGGUUGAAUGCGAUAUACCAAAAGGACAUGGCUAUCACGCAGUUCGGUUUCAUGGGAUACAUACUGACGUGCCCCGACCGCGUCGGACUGGCGCACGCUUCCAAGGAAGAUAUGAUAGCGUUCAACCAUUUCUGGCGAGUCACGGGACAUCUUUUGGGUAUAUCCGACCGAUUCAACAUCGCUCGUAAAACACCGGCGGAGACCAGAGAAUUAUGUAAAGGAAUAAUAGAGAACAUACUUAUAGAGAAUUUGAAUAAUCCUUCAGAAGGAUUUAUAAAGUUGGCUAGCAACGCGGUCGAUGGUUUCUUUUACAUCGACGUCAACUUGAACAAAGAUGCGUUUUAUAGGUUGAUGUAUGAGAUGAGUGGGUUGAAAUACCCGAAGCCGAUCGGAUGGUAUGCCACUUUCAAUUACUAUCAGCGCGAGUGCUUCUUGUACCUUUGCAACGUGCCAUAUAUCGGCACAGUGGUGAGAGUGGGAUUUAAUUAUUUCUUACUAGCAAUGAUUUGGUUGCUUCGCAAUUAUCCAAUAUUCGCAUGGAUGACGUUCGGCAAGGAAAAAAGUAGAUACUGUGUCUAUGAGAAAAUAAAGUGACGCCACUUCAACGGUAGGGACGUAAUUCUAUACUCUGUAAAAAAGCAAAAUCUUUCUCUUGGUUUUACAAAGGUAUUUUAUAUAUGUCUAACAAGUAAUAAUUAAAUAUGUAAAUUAAUUCCUUUAUCGAGACAUUUAGCUAAGAAUCGAAUUAUAAAGGCGCGACCGUGGUAUCGUGUUAUCCAUGGUCGAUACUAACGAAAUCGUGAAACGAAACCGUUGUUAACGAUUGCGAUCACCAGAGUUCGCUGUCUGUCGCAAGUAACUUAAUUCAAUAUCAAAGCAGAACUUGUCGAUAGAUUGAGAACGAUAUUAAUUCACGUCUCAUUAAUCAAUCCGCUUAGCUUACAUCGAUGAAAUAACGAAGUUCCAUGAAAUAUAAUUCGAUCCCGUCAGUUACGUUAUCGAUACCGGCAUCAUUAAUCAUAACGCUAAAUUAUUGGACGCGCAAAAACGACGUCUUAAUCGAAUUCGAAUCAAAUCGACGGUGCUAUUACGAUACAGCCAAAGAGUGUUUUAAUCGACCACCGCUUUUGCAACUAGAAUAUUUGCUCCGAUACAAUCGCGGCGUCAACGCGAACCGUGAAUUAAAAUCGAUCAUCCGAGUCCCUCCGUUUCAUUCCCAGCUGAUCGUUAAGCAGCCGCUAUAAAGUCUGCCGCUAAAUCAUUCGCAAAAGACCAACGUUUCAGAACCCAUGGAUCAACGUUCGCGCCUGAACGUCCUCCAAUGAGCCUCCUCCGAAACGUUUCAUUAGAACGCAUCGAUUGCCCCGUCAAAUCCGGAAUCGA